AUGAAAGACUUAUCUGCGUUUAAUGUCACUCACUUUCCCAGUGGGAAGAAGAAUGUCGCCAUCAUCGACAGUGUCUCUGCACUCGCCAUUGUACCAGGAGGAUCUGUGUAUGCCCAGGAUAUAAUCGAGUCACAGAGCACAACAAAUAUACAUGACGUUACAGACUUCACCGCAGCCUUACAGCUUGUUUACCCAGCAUACUCCGUCAAUCCUUCCAGCAAAUCCCCAGGUGGGGCGGAGUUUUAUGCGUCGCCAUUGAACCUAAGCGAUGCCAAAAAUGUCACAAUGGAAUACAGCGUCUACUUUCCUGCAGAUUUCGACUGGGUGAAGGGUGGAAAGCUGCCGGGUCUGUACGGUGGCCAUACAGGUUGUUCCGGGGGAGCUGCUGCCGAAGACUGCUUUAGCACACGACUGAUGUGGAGGCAAGACGGUGCCGGCGAACUGUAUCUAUACGCUCCAAAGAGGAAGCAAACAAAUGCGUUAUGCUCGGAUCCCCAGUCAGUCUGCGAUGCCGAGUACGGGCUCUCAAUCGGAAGGGGAUCGUUCCACUACGGCACAGGCAAUUGGACAACAUUGCGCCAGGACGUCAUGCUCAACACGCCUGGAAAGCAGGAUGGAGCGUUUGCUUUAUUCGUUAACGGGAUGCGGGUGAUCAACCGGACAGACAUAUUUUAUCGCGACGCACCUCAGCAGAAAAAGAAGUCAAAAUCAAAAACCACUUCCAACACUUUCUUCGGCGGACACGGAGACGGCUGGGCUACUCCCAAGCAACAGUACACGUGGUUCAAAGACUUUGCCAUUAUGCGCAACUUUUGA